CUUCCUUGUUUGUCUGACUGAUUCUCUCUGCCUGAUUCUCCUCAAACUGACGAUGGCCAAAGCCCAGCUGUUUGUAUCACAGGACGAGUUCACCUGCUCAUUGUGUCUGCACACCCUGACUGACCCUGUCACCAUCCCCUGUGGUCAUAAUUUCUGUCUGAAGUGCUUAACAAACUACUGGGAUCAUAGCGAAGAGUGCAGCUGUCCUCAGUGCAGACACACCUUCACCACAAGGCCUGAGCUGAACAGAAACUCUCUGCUGAAUGAAGUCGUCAAGAAAUUUAAGAGACCAAGACUCAGUCCUCCUCCAUCUCAGAAUUAUGCCGGCCCUGGAGACGUGGAGUGUGACUUCUGUACGGGGAAGAAGUUCAGAGCGGUGAAGUCCUGUCUAACCUGCAUGGCCUCCUACUGUCAGACUCACCUGCAGCCUCACUAUGAAAUAGCAGCCUGGAAGGACCACAAGCUGGUUGAUCCUGAUAGAAACCUGAAGGAGAAACUCUGUGUGAAACAUCAGAAAGGUCUGGAGAUGUUUUGCAGAACCGACAAGAUGUGCAUCUGCUUGAUGUGUGUGGUGACUGGUCAUAACGGUCAUGAAAUGGUCGAGCUGGAGACAGAGAGGGAAGACAAAGAGAAACAGACACUGAGUGACAUCAAGAGGGGACUUGAGUAG